GACGACGCCGUGCGGGUGCUGCGCUGCACGCUGCUGGACCCCUUCGCCGCCGUGCGCCGCGAGAGCUGCGAGUGCGCCGCCAGCCUGGCGCUCGCCACGCCAGAUCACUUCCACAUGCAGUCGGAGUCCUUGAUCGGCCCCCUGAUGCAGAGCGUGUCACAUCAGCACUGGAAGGUACGGGUGGCUGUCAUUGAGGCCACCGGCACUGUGAUCCAAUUCGGCAGCGGGAAGUCGAUGGACGACGUCCUCCCUCACUUUGCUCAGAGGCUCUUCGAUGACGUCCCCCAGGUGCGGCAGGCGGUGACCCGCGUGGUGGGGGGCUGGCUGCUGGAGCUUCGGGACCGCUACUCCUUCUUCCACAAGCUCAUCCCGCUGCUGCUCAGCAGCCUCGAGGAUGACGUGCCCGACGUCGCGCUUGCAGCCGCCAGCCUCUGGGAGAAGGUGGGCCUGCAGUGGCAGAGGGAGAAUGAGGACGACCUCAAAGACAAACUCGACUUCACCUGCCCGCCUCCUGCCCACCACCCCUCGCCAGAGAACCGCCCAGGGUUGGGCUGUCGGGAGCUCGUCUUCAGAAACCUCUCCAAGAUCCUGCCCGCCAUCUGCCAUGACAUCACCGACUGGGUGGUGGGAACCCGAGUGAAGGCCGCACAGCUGCUGGCAGUGCUGCUGCUCCACGCCGAAGACCACGUUACGCAGCACCUGGAGGUCAUCCUGCACACCUUGCAGCGGGCCUGUGCCGACGAUGCCCGGGCCGUGGUCAGCAGUUGCACCCGAUCUGCCGAGCUGGUUGGGGCGUUCGUCAGCCCGGAAGUGUUUCUGAAGCUGCUCCUGCCCUCGCUGAAGAAGUCGCCGUCCCCCUCCAGCCUCCUGGUUCUUGCAUCCAUCGUCAGAGGCUGCGCUAGAGAGGCCCUUCGGCCGCACUUGAAGGUCAUCGCCACGGAGCUGGCCCGGCCCCACAUCUGUCAAGCCUCUGAAAACCGCCUGUACGGGGAACACCUGCUGCUGUGCGUGCAGACGCUGGUCCAUGUGUGCCCAGAGGACUGCAGGGUGUGUAGCUUGCAGCUCAUGGAGGUGCUGGUGACCAUGGAGGCACUCGUGGGUGCCACAGGCCUGGGCGACAAGGUCCAGGAGACCAUGGACGCGCUGGCCGCAGCCCAGGACAUGGACGGCAGCCAGGCCCUAUACCGAGAGCACACAGGCCCCCUCAUGGAGCGGCUGGCCACGUCACAACUUGACUGGACUGUCCACUCGGCAGAGUUCCGGCAGUUCCUCGUGUUGGUCACGCAUGCAGGCCCCACGCUGGGAGAGGUGCUCCAGCACCUGGUGGCCAUCCUCAGGAGCUGCCUGCAGCCGGCCCGGGACCCGCAGAUGCGCCUUCAGCUCUUCUCCGCCCUGUCACGGGUGCUGCUGAGCGCGAAGCAGACAGUCGACUCCCAGGGGCACUUUCACUACUACCUCGACUCUGUGGUGAAGGACAUCUUGGUCCCUAAUCUGCAGUGGCAUGCGGGGAGGACGGCCGCAGCCAUCCGCACGGCAGCCGUGUCCUGCCUCUGGGCGCUCAUCAGCAGUGAGGUCCUGAUGGACAAGCAGAUCCAGAAAGUGCAGGAGACACUGAUGCCGCAGAUCCUAACCUCCCUGGAAGAGGAUUCUCAGAUGACUCGAUUAAUUUCAUGCCAAAUCAUGAACACGUUUCUAAAGGCCUCCAGUGGUGUGGCUGACCCAGAGAAGCUCAUCAAGAUUUACCCUGAGCUCCUGAAGCGUCUGGAUGAUGUCUCCCAUGAGGUGAGGCUGGCGGCCACCUCCAGCUUGGUCACCUGGCUAGCAUGUGUCACAAACGAUGACAACGGGAAGUCCUGCUACCAGAGCCACGUUCAGUUCCUGUACAGAGAGCUCCUGGUUUACCUCGAUGACCCGGACGGCGCCGUGCAGGACGCAGUUUUAGAUGUGCUCAAAGCAGGCAGCGCUCUGUUCCCCGAGCUCCUGGCGCGAGAGACAGAGGCCAUCGUCCACAAGCACCGCUCCCCGGCCCUCUGCCAGCAGCUUCUACAGCACCUGCAAGGGCUGCCGCCCGCCCAGUGAGCCUCGGCCCAUGGGGAGGGGGCGCCGAGCUCUCGUCCCCCCCCACCCCGGUUGGUCCUGGGCCAUUCCACCUCACAGCAGGGCACCUUCUCGGGCAAGAAUCGGAUACAAGAGUGUAUUCCAGGCAUCGUGCACGAGAUUGUCCCGAGACACAUCCCGGGCCCCACGGCUUCUGAAAUAACAUCCAUUGGGUGGCUUCUGGGCUUUUAUGUCUUAUGGAUACACUUCCUGGACAGGUCGCCCCAAAAUGACAGAUCGCCCCAAAAUCUAUGGGUAAUUUGAAAUCGAAUGAAAUGGCACCUGCUCACCCCGGCAGCCAAAUCAGCCUGUUUGUUUCACAGCUACAUGCACCUGCUAUGCUCCUGGGCCAGUAUCUCGGUCUUGUGUCAAAGCCUGCCCUACCGAGAAAGUUCUGGAUUCUUUUUCUUUUAAGCAAAAGUUAUUUUUUUUUUAAUUCAUUCUUUCUUUGGGUUCUGUCUACUAAAACUUAGCAUCACAGUGAGCAGACUAAAAGGAAUUCAAAAAACUCUAUCAGUUACAGUUUUCCACUUAAAAUAUCCUGGAACUCAGUGUUACGUGGAUACAUUCGGUCAUAUUUUUUCUUAGGUCAGUAUGCAAACAAUGUUGAAAGUAGAGUAAUCAGGUGUAAUUUUGGUAGUUCUGUUAUAUACACAGCAGUAAAGUGGGUUUUAUUCUCUAGCACUUUCUACACCCAAGUGCCUAAAAAAUUUUAUUUUAAGUGGAUAUUAAUCCCAUAAGCCAAAUAUUUAUGUUAACGGGGGGAAAAUACUUUGUGUAUUUUCUAAUAAUCAAAUAUGAACGUUUAUGCUUAGGUGUUUGAAAAUUUAAUUAAAAAUAAUUUAUUAUAAUUA